AUGAACGACCUCCUCACCUUCAUCCUAUCCCAGGAUGAAUUCAGAAAGAACCGUCUCCCCUCACUAUACUCCGACUUCGCCAUCCACCGCAAAACCAACCCAGACGGAUACGCCGUCAACGUCGCCGCAUGGGAACAAGUACUCCUGAAGGCCGCCCGCCACGGAUAUAUCUCCACCAGCAGCAUUUCGUCAUCGACGUCUUCGCAGCCGGGGAGACGGAAGAAUAAUCAUUUGAUACUCAGAGCGGAUGAGAGUUUGUUGCGCGCGCUGGAGACCUCCGAAUGGGGACGGCCGAUUGCGCUGGGGGCGGUUUUGGACGAGGCGGUUCAGAACCGCGUGAUGGUGCCGCUGCAGAUGUACCGGGCUAGCUCGACGAGCUUGAAUAAACCGGGUUGGAACCUGAUCGAUCCUGCGAUGCUGAGCCCGUGGAAUGUGAUGAGCUGGGGGCUGAAGCAGCUGAAAGGCGUUGUGGUUGGAUCGGGGUCUGCGCCUCACUUGCAAGCUCAAGAUCUGGUGCUAGUUGAGAACUUGAAGGAAACUGCUGGGCUUGUGACCAAGCAGGCGACGGCCCAGAACCCGUCCAAGACCGACCUCAUCUACUCUAAGGAACGCUUCGUGAACGAAUUUGCAACGGUACUACAUGAACAGAGCGAACUGUCUAAUGACGAUUUUGAUGUUCUAUUGUUGUAUCUAUCCCGCGAUAGCGGAGCCAUUGCUUAUGAUGGCGAGACGAUCAAGUUUCGGUCUUCCAAUGACACUUCCUCGGAGAUCACCCAGCAGGACACGGCCAUUGGCUCUAUCAAAACGGCCAUGUCAACAAUGAUAAAACAAGUGGAAAGCUUGGAGAGAAAAAUCACAGAGCUGAAUGCUACCGCGAAGACCGCUCUACACAACAAGAACCGGAUUUCGGCGCUGGCCGCAUUGCGCUCCAAGAAGCUUGCGGAGCAUAAUCUAAAGCAAAGACUAGACACCCUGACGCAAUUGGAGGAGGUUUACUCCAAGAUUGAACAGGCCACCGAUCAGGUCCAGUUUGUCCAGGCGAUGGAGGCAAGCACCGGUGUGCUUCGCGGGCUGAAUACCCAGAUCGGAGGCGCUACCAGGGUUGAGGACGUUGUCGACGAGCUGCGUGAAGAGAUGUCUAAGGUGGACGAGGUUGGAACCAUCAUGAACGAGGCCGGUCCUCAAAUCGACGAGACCGAGCUAGACGACGAGCUCGAGGAGCUGGAGAGCAAGGAGCGACAGGGUGAAGAAGAAAGAGAAGCAGAGGAAACUCGCCAGAAACUCGCCGAGCUCGACAAUCUCGAGCAGCGGGCCAAAGAAGCCGCACGCACGGCCUCAGAAGGACAGAACGUGGAUACUGAAUUAGAGGAUAGACUGUCCCGCAUGUCCGUGGAGGAAGGCCACGGAACCACGUCAUAA